AUGGUCGCGCAGGACGCCGACUCGGGCGGCGGCGUACGUCUGAAGCAGGAAAUUUCCUUGCUGCAUGGCGUCUGCCUCAUCGUGGGCAACAUGAUCGGCUCCGGCAUCUUUGUGUCGCCCAAGGGGGUGCUCUUGUACACCGGCUCCUAUGGCUUGUCGCUAGUGAUCUGGGCGGUGGGAGGGGUCUUCUCAGUCUUCGGUGCCUUGUGUUACGCCGAGCUGGGCACCACCAUCCGCAAAUCCGGGGCGUCCUACGCCUAUAUUCUGGAGGCCUUCGGGAGCUUCUUAGCGUUCAUCCGGCUGUGGACAUCGCUGUUGAUUGUGGAGCCGGCAUGCCAGGCGGUCAUCGCCUUGACCUUCUCCAGCUACUUGGUCCAGCCCUUUUUCACCACAUGCCCCGCCCCCUAUUACGCCAUCCGCCUCAUCGCUGCUGCUAUUAUAUGCCUGCUGACGUGCGUAAACUGCAUGAAAGUGAAGUGGGGCGCCAUUCUUCAGGUCAUCUCCACUGUGGCCAAAGUGUUGGCGCUCAUCGUCAUUAUCAUCACCGGCCUUGUCAAGCUGGGGCAAGGUUUCAACCAGAACUUCGAGGACUCUUUUCGAGGCUCCAAGAUGAACGCGGGCGACAUGGCCCUGGCGCUUUACUCCGCUCUCUAUUCUUACUCCGGUUGGGACACGCUCAACUUCAUCACUGAGGAGAUCAAGAAUCCAGAGAGGAACCUCCCCCUGAGCAUUGCCAUUUCCAUGCCUAUCGUCACCAUCAUAUACAUCUUGACAAACGUGGCUUACUAUGUGGUGAUGGACGCCGACCAGGUGCUCGGUAGCGAAGCCGUCGCUGUGACGUUCGCCGACGAGGUCCUGGGCUGGGCCCGCUGGCUGAUCCCGCUUUCGGUGGCUAUUUCCUGCUACGGCGGACUCAACUCCUCCAUCAUCGCCGCUUCCAGGUUGUUUUUCGUGGGCUCGCGAGAAGGCCACCUCCCUAACGUGCUUUCCAUGAUCCACGUCAAGCGUUUUACACCCAUUCCAGCACUGCUUUUUAAUGGCGCCAUGUCGCUUAUCUACCUGUCCGUGCCUGACGUCUUCCAACUGAUCAACUACUUCAGCUUCAACUACUGGCUCUUCAUCGGCCUGUCCAUCGUCAGCCUCGUCUACCUACGCUUCAAGGCCCCUGACUUGCACCGGCCUGUCAAGCUGUCCUUGUUCUUCCCCAUUGUGUACAGCCUGUGCAGCCUCUUCCUGGUGGUCAUGCCCCUCUACAGCGACACCAUCAACUCGCUGGUGGGCAUAGGCGUGGCGCUCUCCGGCGUGCCUGUGUACUUCCUGUGCCUUCACCUGCCUCGUAGCUCCAGGCCCGCCUUCCUUGGAAAAAUCCUACACUUGGUGUCGUGUUACACCCAGAAAUUGUGCUACUGCUGCGUAGCGUCGCCCGACAUCGACUUGGACAACGUCGACCCCAAUAAGUUGGAGUGA